GAUAAAGACAUCACAACACGCUAAGCAAAAAAUUCGUCAACUCGCUAUUUACAUAACUUUAAUUUUGCUAUUAUGAGAUAUUUGAUCUUCUAUGUUUUUGCUAUCAUUGCGACCAUUUCACCAGCUGUUGCCAGUUGGAGGUCGCACAUAACGGAAGAGGAUGACGAGGACAAGUGGGAGUCUCUCAUCUUCACCAUCCCCAAUGCGGUGACACCUACAGGCAGAUCAUGUGCUCACUUCAAUGGCUUCUACUGCCUCGAGGCAUAUGCAACUGAUGAGGGUUGGGACGAUGAGGAGAAUGAGAUGUCUGCAUGGGAGAGGGAAAGACUCAAAAUUCAGUUCACAUCUCUCACAGCCCCCAUGUUCCGCAGUAUCAACUUCUUUGUAAACCCAACAACUAUAGCCAACUGUUGUGACCGGCAGAACCACAUAUACAUUAAGCAUGGGCUCAAACGACUGCAAUUGUCUCCCGAACAGUACUUGGACAAACUCACAGACUACAGGGACCAAGGCAAACAUCUCAACUACAUCAAGGCCAAGUACAGCAGUCUAUGCAAUGUGAACUUCAUUCUGGAGAUAGGCUUUGGAAGAGGUCAUUUCAAGGUCGACUCCUCCUUCCCAACACAGGCAAUGAGCCCAUUCAUGUUCCCCAUGUUCACAGAUGUCCCCACCCAGUUCAACUACGGAAACCCUGGCGACCGUCUCACGUUCCGAUGGUUCAAACACCACAUCAUGUGUCGAGGUCAGCCCUGGAUUUGUCAGGUUGAACGACGAGCACGCGCAGUGGUAAGAUCAGAUUUCCGGGUCAUCAGACGGCCUCCUUCUAUGCCUGAGCUACAAAGACGGAUGCCCUGAUUUGUUUUGGGCUUCGAAAAGGAUCAAAGUCUGAUAAAAAAAGCAAUGGUGAUUGAAUCUGGGGUUUUAACUUCUGCGAGCAUUUAACAACAAACGGUUGAUGAAAUAUUUUGAACUUCUAACGGCAAAAAAUUUUGUAGGACUCAUGGAUUUCCAGUGGAUUCGAGCUGUAUGAGUGUCAAAAUAUAUUUGAUU